AAACACCUGUAUAUUCUACACACACGAAAAGAAGGGAGAGAGACAGACAGAUUAGAGAGAGGCGCCGCCUAUCGAACACGAUAACUCAAAUCUUCAAACAAUGGAUCCAGAUGCAGUUGCCAGGGCAUUCGUUGAACACUACUAUUCCACGUUCGAUGCAAAUCGAUCCGGGCUCGCUAACCUGUACCAGGAAGGUUCGAUGUUGACCUUCGAGGGCCAGAAAAUCAUGGGAUCGCAAAAUAUUGUCGCGAAGCUCACCAGUCUGCCAUUCCAGCAGUGCCAGCACCAGAUCACGACCGUUGAUUGUCAGCCAUCUGGACCUGCCGGCGGUAUGCUUGUUUUCGUCUCCGGUAAUCUCCAACUCGCCGGUGAACAACACGCGCUCAAGUUCAGUCAGUUGUUCCAUUUGAUGCCAACACCACAAGGAAGCUUCUAUGUGUUCAAUGACAUUUUCCGCUUAAACUACGCAUAAGGGAUGGUGCCUGGAUAUGGAAAUUUUUCUGGGGGUGUGUGAUGAACUGAUCACAUUGAAGUUAAUAUGCUUCUUGAGGUCCAAAGAAGUUGAUUUACUUUCAUCUACUUGGCUGUUUCCUUGAUUAUCUAUUGCUAUGAAGUUUUUGGACUUGUCCCCAGUUGAGAUGGGAAGAAUUGAUUGAUUGGAUUCCUGAACCUGUUUGAAUUUAAUGGAAUGAAUUAAAAUGUACCUUCUUCUCAAUAUUGAUCAUGUUGUAAA